CGGUCUCGGGUGGGGAGCGCGGGGCGGAGCAGAGGGCGGCGCGGAGGCUGUGUGCCUGGGACGGCGCCUUGGCACUGGCUCACUCUCUCGCUCGCUCUCGCUCGGAGCCGGAGCCCAGCAGCAGCAGGAGGCGGAGGAGGCGGCGGAGGGUCGGUCCGGGGAGUCGACGGGUCUGGGCGCCGAAUGACGGGCGGGCGGUUCGACUUCGACGAUGGCGGCACCUACUGCGGCGGCUGGGAGGAGGGCAAAGCCCACGGGCACGGCCUGUGCACGGGCCCCAAGGGGCAGGGCGAGUACGCGGGCUCGUGGGCGCACGGCUUCGAGGUGGUGGGCGCCUACACCUGGCCCAGCGGCAACACCUACCAGGGCCACUGGGCGCAGGGCAAGCGGCACGGGCUGGGCGUGGAGUCCAAGGGCAAGUGGACCUACCGCGGGGAGUGGGCGCACGGCUUCAAGGGCCGCUACGGCGUGCGGCAGAGCCUGGCCAACCCCGCCCGCUACGAGGGCACCUGGAGCAACGGCCUGCAGGACGGCUACGGCGUCGAGACCUACGGAGACGGAGGUACAUAUCAAGGGCAAUGGACAGGAGGGAUGAGACAUGGCUAUGGCAUGAGGCAAAGUGUUCCCUAUGGCAUGGCGACUGUGAUCCGUUCCCCCCUGAGGACAUCUCUAGCUUCACUGCGCAGUGAGCAGAGCAAUGGCACUGUUCUACAUGAUAUUACAUCAGACAGUCCAGCUGGAACUAGAGGAGGGUUUGUGCUGAAUUUUCAGAGUGAUCUUGAAGGUAUUGGCAGCAAGAAAAAAGGAGGUUUGUUCAGAAGAGGAUCCCUUCUCGGUAGUAUAAAACUUAGAAAAUCUGAAUCAAAGUCGUCGAUUUCUAGCAAACGUAGCUCAGUCAGGAGCGAUGCUGCUAUGAGCAGGAUUAGUUCUAGUGAUGCCAACUCUACCAUUAGUUUUGGAGAUGGAGACUGUGAUUACUGCCUGACAGAAGACCACGUUGAUGCCACCACAACAGAAACAUACAUGGGAGAAUGGAAGAAUGAUAAGCGUAAUGGAUUUGGUAUUAGUGAGCGCUCAAACGGUAUGAAAUACGAAGGGGAGUGGCUGAACAAUAAGAGGCAUGGCUAUGGAUGUACCAUGUUUCCAGAUGGCACCAAAGAAGAAGGGAAGUAUAAAAACAACAUUUUGGUCCGUGGAAUUAGGAAGCAGCUUAUACCAAUAAGGAACACAAAAACUAAGGAAAAGGUGGAGCGAGCACUCGAAGGUGCUCAGCGUGCAGCUGCUAUGGCAAGAACUAAGGUGGAAAUUGCAACCUCAAGAACUGCACAUGCAAGAGCUAAAGCGGAUGCUGCGGAUCAGGCUGCUCAAUCUGCUCGUCAGGAGUGUGAUAUCGCCAGAGCGGUUGCUAGAGAACUUUCCCCGAGUUUCUACCAACCAGGCCCUGAUUAUAUCAAGCAACGAUUUCAAGAGGGUGUGGAUGUUAAGGAAAACCCUGAAGAAAAGGUUCAGGAAAAACCUCCUUCCCCAAAAGAAUCCCCUCACUUUUAUCGAAAAGGCACUACACCUCCUGGGACCCCAGAAGAGAGCCCGAGGCAGAGCCCCCUCCCCUCUGCCAAGCCUUCCCCUGCAAAACCAGGCAAAAAACAAAACUCCACUUCAGAGGUUAGGAUUGUUCCAGAAAAAAAGAAUUUACCUAAUGAAAGCAUAACACCUAUGAUCAACAAACCUCUUCAUUCAAAAUCACCUGCGAAGGAAGAAAUCACAGCAAAGCAACAGCCGAAGUUGUCACCCCGCAACAAUCCUAUCAGCAAAGAAAAUGGGGAGUUGCACGGUCAUUACCAUGGCUACUAUGUGAAGACUAAUCCAACAUUGUAUCCAUAUGAGCUUGGAGAAGAUGAGGACCAUACCAACCCAGCAUCUUCAGCACUGGUAGCGUCGUCAGCUCAGAAGACAAGCCCAACUGGAGCUGGGGUUCAGUUAGAUGCCAAAGAAUUGUUAAAGAACCCUGAAUCUGCUGCACCAAAGAAUCCCACUAAUAACAACUUCUAUUCCCUGGAAAGAGAAGUUAAUUUGGGUCCUAAUUCAAUCAUGAUUGUACUGGUAAUGCUGUUGAAUAUUGGUUUAGCCAUUCUUUUUGUCCAUUUUCUAACUUGAUUGGAAUUAGGAAAGUGAAGUCAUGACAACUAGUGGCGUAAGCCCACAAUUCUCGGCAGUUGUGUCAUCAGCCUUUUAAAUGGCACGAGUCAUGUUCAGACACAGGGAAGGAGGCAUGGAAUUAGGAUGGGACACCAGAGAGAUGAAUCUUGGAAAACUCAGCCAGAGGCUUUGGGGUCCUCUGAAAGCUGAAGCGAGCAGCCAUCUUGGGGGAAAAAAUAUGCACCCACACACAAGCUUACCGAAGCAGCCCAACAAGUAGAGUGUGUUGGUUACUCCAUCAGUUCCAGCAAAGAGUGUGACUAAACUGGAAAUGUACGGAGCUGCACUUUUGUUGAUGGAAGCUAACAGCUGCCUUACUAUUUUGCCGUCUGAUGUUUUUGGUGGGGGAGAUGGGAAACUGACUGCCAGAGGAAUGUGGUCAGAGGAUUCGGUUGCUGUGGAAGCGAUUCCAGUAUUCACUCCUAUCUCAUUAGAAGAAAUAGUUAGCAGCAUCACUCACCAGUCUUAUUCCAUUACCUGCUGCUUUUAAAAUCUCCUUGCCAGUUUCUGGGAGAUUGUUUCAUUGGUUAUGCAUGAUUCUGUUCAUUUGCUAUUUAUUUAAAACUUAUGUACAGCCAUAAUGUAAUGAUAUAGACCAGCCUGGAAAACUUUGAGUUUUCAACCUGCAGUGAAUUGAAAUUAAAGCAUAUGUGCACUAUAGGUAAUUUCUUGGAUGGAUCAACAUCUUGACAACACCCUUUUUUUAAACAUAAGCCGAUGAGAAGUCAUCUUCCUUUAAAGGGUUUCACAGGCAAUAUGCAAAAUGUUUUAAGCCAUUGUUUAUAUCUUCCUAGUGAAAAGGGUAAGCAGAUUUAUUUUAGUAUCUGCAAGAUGAAUUGGUCUCUAUCAGUGUACUAGGUGAGCAAAGUGGGAUAUUUGGGAAAUGUUAUGCCACUCAAUGCUUAACUUAUUGCAAAAAAAAAAAGAUCCUGGCAUUUAAAGCCUUGCCUGCUUGCACAACGGAAGGUUUUAACUAAACGUACAAUAAAUAAUGAUUUUUAAAGGUCAAGAUUCAUGUUGAAUACAUUCAGGUAGAGCAUUUCAGUCUCUUAACGAUGACUAUCAGUUUGAUGCCUUUAAUGUUGUUAAAAUGAGUCUGUAAUCUUACCUCAGCCAGUUAAAACUUAAGCCUCAAAACUUUCAUUUGGACUCUUUGUCUUAAAUAGAUUUAUAGUCCUAUGUUUUGAUGAUGCGAUCUAUGUUUUUUUCUCCUCUUGCUACUGUAGCUUACUGUAAUACAUACUACCCGAAAGCAUGCUUGUUCACAUAUAGGAAAGUCAUAGAUGGUGUGGUCAUUUUGAAAGUCAGCAUUUUAAUUAGAUAUAAAAAGUAAAGGGCUUGGGCUUGUUUUUAUUUUUAUCGCUUAGAAAAGAGCAUUUUUCAGGGGUUUAAUUCUGUUUGUAAAUUAUAUUAUUAUUAUUAUUUUGCAUGGUUCAAAUGAAUAGGUUUUCUCAUGACUACAUUAGCUACUCAAAGAGGAAGCCAAUGAAAUGGAAACGAGCAGGGAAUGUUUCUUGUACUUUGGAGCAGCUCAGUACAGGAGAGUAACAUGGUGGCAUUUUUUGCAGAAGUGGGUUGAGAAUCCUGUGUUUUGCCCAGUGUGAAAUCGAGAAGAAAGCAGAAAGGCAGCAAAUGAAAAUUUAACAACUUACUAUAUUAAGAAAGCAAACUAUUUUUUAUUUCCAAAUUUAGAAAAGAUAUUGAGAAUCAGAUUUUUAAACUAUAUAAACCCCAAAGUUCUAUACAAACACAUUUUUGCAGUACAGCUCAGUAAAGCUAUUGACUAAAUUAAUUUUGUAACUGACAUUUAGAUAUUAUUACAUGUGUAUUAAAAAACUUUUAAAAUAUGGUUUUUGAAAAUGUUUAUAAAUGUAAGCAUGUUGUGUUUCAUUUAUAAUAUAAAUAUGUAUGAUUUAUAAGCUUUUUUAAAAACAAGGCUUCAAUCAAGAAUUGUUGGUAUUUUUCUAAAAUGUACACAGCUGUAUUUUACAUAAAAUGCUAUUUAUAGUUGGUUGUAUACUGUACACUACAUUUUGGACAGCUCAUAAGUCUGCCAAUGUACUUAAUGAUAUGUCACUUUGUCUAUUUAAAAUUUCUUGCUGUGAAUGAAUUCUUUAUGUAAUAAGCUUCUUUAUUUAUAAUUCUGGAACCCAAAAUAGAUAAUGUACAGUUUUCAUAACUGUAUUUGCUCUAAUAAAAAGGAAUUGGUUACUAA